UGUGGGGCCUGAGCCUUUUCAGACUGUCUCUUCCGGACAUCAGUCUUUUCGAAACUUAGUGUUUAAAGCACUCUUAGUUGUACUUACGCCCGGCAGAAUUCUGGAGGGUACUGAAUUUCUAGUGUCCGCCUUGAUAGCAAGAUGCAGUCGCAAACGCCUCUCGAACCAUUGUCAGCGACUUCCCUAGGAGCAGAAACAGAGUUUGAAGUCUUCUCAGAUGACCCCUAUGCUAUCUACAUACCCCAGCAGCUCAAUUAUUCCGGGUUGCCUUCUAGGACUUCGAACCAGGUCUGUGGCUCCUACUACCCAGAUAUCGAUUGGACAAGUCAAAUUAGCGGUGAGCCAGCGACAAGCGUUCAAUUCAAUGUGGAUUGGAAUAUGCCCUUGGCCAAUUACCCGCCAGCAUCUCAUUCAGUCACAGUACAGACACACCAUCGACGGCAGAGACCGAGUACUAGCUACGUCUGCGAGAUACCUAUGGAGACACGUACUGGCUGGUCGCCGUGUUCUAAGCAGUUUCGGAAGGAGAAUCGCUAUCUACAACACUUCGGGUCACACCUGGUGCCAAGUAGAAAUAGUCUCUACCUGCCAUGGCUUGUGCUUGACAACGACGAAAUUCAGGAAAUGGGUGAUGCAGACAUUGUGGCGUUUGUGGAGAGCCUUCGGUCGGACAUGUUGAGCGCAAAGCAAUGGAAUAAAUUUA